GAGAAGUGGCCAAGCCCAAGCCAAGUCGUCCGUGUCAGACCCUAGCGCCGCCUCGAGACCCUACACCCUAAUACUCUACUCCUGGAGCCCAGUAUGGUGCUCAAGCAGAGGAAACCUACCUCCUCUUCUACCGCUUCUGCCUCGUCGUCGUCGUCCUCCUCCUCGUCGUUGAUGGCGGGCUUCGUGCGCGUGGAGGAGGACGGCGAGAAGCAGCGCAAGCGCUCGCUGUCGGCGUCGUCGCCGUGCUCCGUGGCCACGCCCGAGGGCCGAGCCAGCGCCAAGAGCAAGGUCUUCUCCCGCUGGCUCUACGGCGUUCUACGCGGCGACACGCUGCUGCUCUACUGGCGCCGCACCGACUACAAGCGCAAGACGCCGCCGCUGGACCAGCUGCAGCUGCAGAUGCAGGCUGCCGCGCCCAACGAGAGCGUCUUCGGCUUCGACCACGAGUGCCUCUACGUGCGCGCCAAGGAGUCAGGGAGGGUAAUCGCCCUACGCAUCCACCAGCGCAAGGAGAUCGUGCGCUGGGUCACGGCGCUCUACUACCAGAGCCUCGGCAGCGGCGACAAGCGCCCACUACUCAACAGGUAUAACAGCAGGCACGACGUUCUACCCGCCGAGCCCACCGAGACGCGCAAGAAGAGCGUGUCGUUCCAGGAUGAGCCGCAGGUGCGCGUGCUGCCCCACGAGGCCUACGACCCGGCCGACCUGUUCUACUCGGAGGACGACUACGAGCAGUUCCUCAUGGACAGACCCUCGCACCUGUCCAGCCUCAUGAGCGCUAUUUAUUCCAAGACGGCGGCCAAGCUGCGCGUGACCAAGAAGCGGUAG